AUGAGCGAAAUGUCAAACCUUUAUGUUUUGCUUGUCACCGAGUGUACCGUAAUUGGUGUUUACAAAAAUAGUGGCUGUUUAUUGUUUAUUCCUCGAAAAUGAAUAAUUUUUGAAAUAUUACGAAAAUACUGGUUUCGGAGUGUCAUUUAAGGCGAGAUAUGAGUGCUUGAUGUGAUAGAAAUCAACAUUUGACUGAGCGUAAGACCCACCCUAAUUCAAGAUGGCUGAAGCAGUGAAGGUAAUUGUGAGAUGUCGCCCUCUUAACGCGAGGGAGAAGAGUCUCAACUGCAAAACGGUCGUGAAGAUGGACGGCGGGCGUGGAUUCUGCGAGAUCUUCAAACCCAACUCCAAGGAUCCUCCCAAGUCCUUCACUUUUGAUGGUGCAUACUUUGUUGACUCCACAACGGAACAGAUCUAUGGAGACAUUGCAUACCCACUGGUUGAUGGUGUGUUGGAAGGUUAUAAUGGAACUAUAUUUGCUUACGGUCAAACCGGAUGUGGGAAGUCGUUUAGUAUGCAGGGAAUCACAGACCCUGCAACCCAGCGGGGUAUUAUACCAAGAGCAUUUGAGCAUAUCUUUGAGAACAUUCAGGUUGCAGAGGGGUUGAAGUACCUGGUGAGGGCGUCCUAUCUUGAGAUCUACAAUGAAGAGAUCAGGGAUCUCCUUGGAAAGGAUGCCAAAGCUCGUCUGGAACUCAAAGAACAUCCUGAUAAGGGUGUCUAUGUCAAAGACCUGACCAUGCAUGUUGUGCACAAUACCCGCGAGUGUGAACAGAUCAUGGAGCUGGGAUGGAAGAACCGUUCUGUAGGAGCUACGUUAAUGAAUGCAGACUCGUCGCGUUCACACUCCAUCUUCACCAUUCACAUAGAGAUGUGUGAGGUAGACGAUGCCGGGGAAGACCGCAUCAGGGCAGGGAAACUCAACCUGGUCGAUUUGGCUGGUAGCGAGAGGCAGGCCAAAACUGGUGCAACUGGUGACAGACUGAAGGAAGCGACCAAGAUUAACCUCUCCCUCUCUGCGUUGGGAAACGUCAUUUCAGCGCUGGUAGAUGGCAAGUCUAAACACAUCCCCUACCGUGACUCCAAGCUCACCCGUCUUCUACAAGAUUCUCUUGGCGGCAACACCAAAACCCUCAUGGUGGCUUGCCUGUCCCCGGCCGACAACAACUACGAUGAGACCCUAUCCACCCUCCGGUACGCUAACCGUGCCAAGAACAUCAAGAACAAACCCAAGAUCAACGAGGAUCCGAAGGACGCCCUCUUGAGGCAGUAUCAGGAGGAGAUCAAGACGCUGAAGCAGAUGUUGAUGGGACAGAUUCCUAUCCCUGCUGGAGGAUUUCCAGACAUGGAGUUGAUGGCUGGGGCUUUGGGCGGGGCCUUGACGAAGCCCCUUUCUCUUCCCCCACCCCAGACGGUACAAGCAUCUGAAUCCGCCCCCGCCCAGCAGGCCAGCCCAGAGGACGUCAAUAUCAUGAAGGACCAGAUCCAAAAGGAUUAUCAAGCCCAGCUGGAGGAAAUGAAAGCUAUGUAUGAGCAAGAACAGAUGUCUAAGGCUAAGCUUCAGCAGGAUAUGGACCAGCUCAAAUCCCUCUAUGAUAACAAACUAGCCCAGGUCUCAGAACAAGGAGGUGAAGCGUCACCAUCAGAAGGGGGUCAGAAGGUCAUCACGUUAGAGAGAGUUCAACCUCCUCAAGAUGGGGAAGCUGUUGCUAGGUCAGAUGCUUCAGGCAAGCCUGCUACUCAGGGAGAGGGCGUACCUCCCGAAGCACAGCCGUCCGCUACUGAAGAUGAGGGACCGUCCGCACCCCGGUCCUCACCUAAGAUGCCCAGGAAGGACCAAGGAGGAGGCUUCCUUGAUCAAGAGGAGGCCAUGAAGAGAUUACAAGCCCUGGAGCAUGAGAUGGUAGGGGGAGAGAGAGCUACCGAUGAAGGUCUGAAAGAAAAGAGGAGGAAGAAGUUGAAGCAUGCAGAGAUGAGGAAGCUAACCCUCGCUAAGGCCAUUGCCAAGAUGGAUGACGAUGGUAUCAUGCUGAACAUCUAUAGCAGCAUUGAAGAUGAGCUCAAGGCUAAGAAUGAAUUGCUGAAGAAGGAGCAAGAAAAGUUGAGGGCAGCAGACUGUGAAAUCAGCGACUUGAAUGCCGAGUUUGAGUUUGAGCGUAUCGAUUACCUGGACACGAUACGCAAACAGGAGAAACAGGUCACCAUGCUACAACAGAUCCUUGACAAAGUGCAACCUUGUCUACGGAGAGACUGCAAUUAUUACAACCUGGAUAAGAUAAAAACGGAGUGUUCGUGGGAUGAAGAAGAUGGAAGCUGGAAGCUGCCGGACCUCGUCGUCGUACGAGAAAAACUCCCCAACUCUCUCCCCGGUGGGGCCAGCAUGCCGGGAGGAGUGAUGCCCGGAGGUCGGCAACCUAUGCCUCAGAGAGGUCAACCCGAAAGGUCAAUGCCAAAUAACAAUCGACCGCAGGUCAACGGGUACUCCAACGCCAACGGGAUCGGCCCAAGCGCUUAUGAUGAGCCUGAGGAGGAUCGAUAUUUACAGAAAUUGAACCAGUCUAAUCAUGAUUCUGCCAUAGAUUAUUUCAAACCCAAGAGGGCCAACAAACUUCUUAACAACUCAGAUUCAAACAGGAAUUUAACUACCGACCUUCCGAUGCGAGGCCCGUCCCCUAAUUUCCUCGCCAACAACGACAUGACCGCCGCAGCCGUCCACGGCCAGCUCGGUCCCUCCGACGUCCCCAUGAGACGACCGAUGCGGCUGGAAGCUCUCCCCACGGGAAAGUCCAAGAAGGGCAAGAAGAAGCACAACACUCUGGAGCCGUUGUAAGAGGCAAACUCACCGUGCAAUCAUCUAUGGUAUGCUACUGGACCCUGUUUCACAAAUUCAUCAGAGUAUGCUGCUGUUAUAAGCUACCAAUAUCCUGCAUUCUCAUUGGCCUCGAGUAGAUGUGUCAUAGAAAUUCAGCUUUAUGAAGCAGUGCCAUCCAUGAUGACAGAGGGGUAGUCUUUAGUAGUCUAGCAAUAUCAGUCAUAGAGAUUGACCUGUAUAGAACAGGAAAGCGUAUGCAUGGCUGAAAUGAAUCCAUAUUAAUGAAUUUAUUAGAAUAUUGCAUUAUAAGACACAGAUGUCAGAAAGCCAAUGCCGUCAGUCAUAUAGAUUGAGUUUCUUAGAACAGGAAAGCAUGUGCAUGGCUGAAAUGAAUUCAUAUUAAUGCUUUAUAAGAAUGUUUGCAUGAAGUUUAAGAGAUGAUUAGAUAAUGCAUGUGUAAUCAAUCAAGCUUCGCUCGCUUCAAAAUCUAUAAUGUAGUUAUCCAUAAUCCUGUACCAUGUACUGUACAAUUUGAUUUGAAUGUGGUCAUUUUGGUCAUCGAUAAUUCCCUCGUUAGGGAGAUAAUGAAUUACCACCACAUUCUGGAUACGAUAUUGUGUGCAACAGAGGGCUGGUGCCUUCAACCCAAGGUAUGUCUAAACAUUUGUUGGAUAGUGCUGCUGUGAGGUUUUGAUAACAAAUAUGUCACUUCAACAAAGCUUAUUGAGAACCGCUGGUAUUGACCAUCAAGACUUUAGAAAUCGUUAAAGAAAGAGUUAGAAAAGGAAAGUUCUUCAGCAAAGAUAUCAAGGAGACAAAUGUUGAGGCUUUUCUUAUUUCCUUGAGCAGACUUUUCCCAAAAUUUUGGA